CGUACCCGCUGUGAUGUAAAGUGUUGAAUAAAAGCAGAACAGUCAGUUAAAGGUGUUCAUCUGAGCAGAGCAGGACCAUGUCUGUGAGCUGGGGCCCUCUGAGCAGGACUGUGUGUGCUGUCCACAACUGUGGAGCCAUGGUGAUGGUGCGCUACGCCCAGACGGCAGCGGCUCCGGCUCCAGCACCCAGGAUAAAGAAGUUCCAGAUUUACCGAUGGGACCCCGACACUCCAGGAGACAAACCACGAAUGCAGACAUAUGAAGUGGACCUGAACGUCUGUGGUCCCAUGGUGUUGGACGCCCUCAUCAAGAUCAAAAAUGAGAUGGAUCCCACACUGACGUUUAGACGCUCCUGCAGAGAGGGUAUCUGCGGCUCCUGUGCCAUGAACAUCAACGGAGGAAACACGCUGGCAUGUCUGAACAAAAUUGACACAAACACAAGCAAACCGACUAAAAUCUACCCCCUCCCACACAUGUAUGUGGUCAAAGACCUGGUUCCUGACAUGAGUAACUUCUAUGCCCAGUACAAAUCCAUCGAGCCCUACCUGAAAAAGAAGGACGAGUCUCUGGAAGGGAAGGACCAGUACUACCAGUCUGUGGAAGACCGACAGAAACUGGACGGACUGUACGAGUGCAUCCUGUGUGCCUGCUGCAGCACCAGCUGUCCAAGCUACUGGUGGAACGGAGACAAGUACCUGGGACCGGCUGUCCUGAUGCAGGCGUACCGCUGGAUGAUCGACUCUCGUGACGAGUUCACAGAAGAGCGUCUGUCCAAACUGCAGGACCCCUUCUCCCUGUACCGCUGCCACACCAUCAUGAACUGCACUAAAACAUGCCCAAAGGGACUGAACCCAGGAAAGGCCAUCGCAGAAAUUAAGAAGAUGAUGGCCACGUACAAAGAGAAGAAAACUGCAGCUGCAUGAUCAUGUGACGACCGACGGCAGAGAGAGACGAGUCCAACGCAGAAGAGUGGACUGAAACCAACAGCAGAGAGAGACCGGUGGACUGAAACCUCCAGUGAAGAGCUGGAAGGAGAGGGAACAAACGUGUGCAUGGACUCAUGAUGAAGCAGUUCAACACUGUCAACCCAACAUUCUGGGUUCUAUUGGAACCUGUUUGGAAUAAAACCUGCCUGUGUCGGUGCACCGGCCCAGGCCUGUUCUCAUGUAUUUACUCUGUAAAUAUUUAAAUGUGUGCUCAUUCAAACUGUGGAAGUUAAACUAGAAGACAGAACAGACGUUUGUGUGUGAGUGGUGGCAGACGGCGGUAAAAGCAGAGGUGUAAAUAAUAAAAGUAUG